GUUUUAAAUCAAAUCAAAUAAAAUGAUUGUGGAAAAAGUGCUGGAGCGUGCUACCAGAUCGGAGCUGUACAGCGCUCUGGCCCUGCUGGUGCUCUCGCUGAGCAUUUACACGUUCUACACACAGCUGCAAACGUAUCUGAGGUCCGUGCUGCUGUCCCUGCGUCUCUCUGGGCCACCUACGCUGCCCUUUCUGGGCAACUGUAUGCUGAUCAAUGAGAAGGAUCUUAUGCGAAAACGCGCCGCGAACGCCUUUCAUCUGUAUGGCUCAUUGGUGCGCAUUUGGGUGCUGCUGUUUCCGUUCUUUGUGGUGCUGCAGCCGGAGGAUCUGCAGGUCAUACUCUCCUCCAAGAAGCACACCAACAAGGUGUUCAUCUACAGGCUGAUGCACAACUUUCUGGGCAACGGCCUGAUCACCAGCAGCGGCGACAAGUGGAGCACCCAUCGCAAGCUCAUACAGCCCGCAUUUCAUCUCAGUCUGCUGGAGAAGUUCAUUGAUACAUUUGUGGAUGCGUCGCAGUCGCUGAACGAGCAUCUGAAUGCCUCGGCACUGGACAUGGAGGUCAACAUAGCCAAAUAUGUCAACAACUGUGUGGUCGAUGUGCUAAAUGAGGCUGUGCUUGGCGUGCCCAUCAAGAAGAAAGGCCUCAUGGAGGAUUCGCCGUUUCGCAAGGGCAAGCUGAUGAUACGCGCACGUUUCUUGCAUCCCUGGUUGCUACUGGACGCCAUCUAUCAGCUGACAUCGCUGGCCAACGAUGAGCUGAAGCAGAAGAAGCGUCUGAACGAUUUUACGCGCCAGAUGAUUAAGAGACGUCGUGAGAUUAUGGCCGAUGCGGCCAACAACAAUUUGGAGCGCAAAUGCUUCCUGGACUAUAUGAUUGAAAUCUCCGAGAGCAAUCCGGACUUCAGCGAAGAGGACAUUGUCAAUGAGGCGUGCACCUUUAUGCUGGCUGGGCAGGAUUCGGUUGGCGCUGCUGUCGCCUUCACCAUUUUUCUGCUUGCCCAGCAUACGGAUUCGCAGGCGCAAUGCUAUGAGGAGCUGGAGCGCAUUUUUGACCACACCAAUCGGGCGCCCACAAUGAGCGAUUUGCGCGAGAUGCGCUACUUGGAGAUGUGCAUCAAGGAGGCACUACGUCUCUAUCCCAGCGUGCCACUCAUCGCCCGCAAGCUGGGCGAGGAAGUGCGUUUGGCCGACUACACCUUGCCGGCGGGCAGCAACAUCUUCAUUUGCCCAUAUGCCACACACCGUCUGGCGCACAUCUAUCCCGAGCCGGAGAAGUUCAAGCCGGAGCGUUUUAGCACAGAGAACAUGGAGCAGCGGCAUCCAUAUGCCUUUAUACCGUUCAGUGCUGGACCGCGCUACUGCAUUGGCAAUCGGUUUGCCAUCAUGGAAAUCAAGACAAUUGUCUCCCGCCUACUGCGCAGCUACCAGAUCUUGCCCGUGCCUGGCAAGACCACCUUCGAGGCCACAUUCCGCAUCACUCUGCGCGCCUCGGGCGGUCUGUGGGUGCGACUGCGGCCACGCCAGCAGCAGCAGGAGACGAUAUAGUGAAC